AUGGGAUUGCUUGAUAUAAUACGAAAUCUCCGUCCCGCACGGCAAAAUGAACUUCGUAUAUUACUUUUGGGUCUAGAUAAUGCCGGCAAAACAACAUUACUCAAAGUUCUCGCUUCCGAAGAUAUCUCACAUAUAACACCAACACAAGGUUUUAAUAUUAAAAGUGUGCAAUCAACUGGAUUUAAACUUAAUGUUUGGGAUAUCGGUGGCCAACGAAAAAUACGUCCAUAUUGGCGUAAUUAUUUUGAAAAUACGGAUGUUUUAAUUUAUGUUAUUGAUAGUUCUGAUCGAAAACGUUUUGAUGAAACAAAUCAAGAAUUAUCUGAAUUAUUAGAAGAAGAAAAAUUACAUGGUGUACCAUUACUUGUUUUUGCUAAUAAACAAGAUUUACUAAAUGCUGCUAAAGCAUCAGAUAUAACUGAUGGUUUGUCAUUACAUCAAAUUCGAGAUCGACCGUGGCAAAUCCAAGGUUGUUCAGCUUAUACAAAAGAAGGUGUUAAAGAAGGUCUUGAAUGGAUAUCAAAAACAGUUGCUAAAAAUAAAAAAUAG